CGGGGCUGCGGGCAAUCGGGAGUCCUUGCGGUGACCGGUCCUCGCUGCUAAGAACGGUCCCCAGAGGCUCCUGGCCCUGGUGUCGCCCUUCUGUCACACGAAGCCGGUGUCGGCGGCCCGGCGGGCAGCGCGCUCUAGCUCGGUCCCUACGCCGCCCUCCUGGUGGCCGAGGACCGCGCUCUCGCUGAGCCCCUACCGGGUCCGCAUGGUGGCCGGGGAGCGCGAGUGACCUGCAGGCCCUGGGCCGGAGAGGGCAGCCGUGUCCUGCGGUCGUGCGCUCAGAGCGCCAAGGGGCACAACUUAGGAUGAGACUGUGCAGAGUGGGCUGCGCUGGCGGUUUCAUUUCCGGGUGUGAUGGCCCGGCGAUUAAGAGCGAGCCCAGACGUUGAUGAUGAAUGCGAACGUUGUCAAGAUGUGUCCUUGAUUGUGGAGUCUGAUAAGACAUUCUUUUUAAUCUGGAGUCAGUGAUCUGUCAGGCUCCUGGUAAAAACGAAGAAAAGGGGGGAACAACAGGGCGUGGAUGGCCCUUAUACAAUUACUUCGUUUAAAGACUUAUGUCUCCAGUAGGAUGGGACAUGAAUUAGCUCCCUCUGACCGCCAUUUCCGUGCUGGUGAGUGUGAAGUCAGCAGCUUCAGCCUACAGAUUGAUAACUGCUGAACACCUGGAAUUGUGGAGGCACUGCAGUGAAGAAAUAUGUAAUCAUGGAAUCUCCUUGCUAAUCGUCACCACCUGUUCCCUGUGAUAAGCCAGCCAGGACGUGGGCUGAGGACAAGGAAAAGAGGCCACCAUGAAGCUGAAGCAGCGAGUUGUGCUGUUAGCAAUACUCCUCGUCAUUUUUAUCUUCACCAAAGUUUUCCUGAUAGACAAUUUAGAUACAUCAGCUGCCAACCGAGAGGACCAGAGAGCUUUUCACCGAAUGAUGACUGGCUUGCGGGUGGAGCUGGUGCCCAAGUUGGACCACACCCUGCAGUCUCCUUGGGAGAUUGCAGCCCAGUGGGUGGUGCCCCGGGAAGUGUACCCUGAAGAGACACCAGAGCUAGGAGCGAUCAUGCAUGCCAUGGCCACUAAGAAAAUCAUUAAAGCUGAUGUGGGCUAUAAAGGGACACAGCUGAAAGCUUUACUGAUUCUUGAAGGAGGACAGAAAGUUGUCUUUAAACCUAAGCGGUACAGCAGAGACUAUGUGGUAGAAGGGGAGCCAUACGCUGGUUAUGACAGACACAAUGCAGAGGUGGCGGCCUUCCAUUUGGACAGGAUUCUGGGUUUCCGCCGCGCUCCCUUGGUGGUGGGCAGAUAUGUUAAUCUGCGAACAGAAGUUAAGCCUGUUGCCACGGAGCAGCUGCUGAGCACCUUCCUAACUGUAGGGAACAAUACUUGUUUCUAUGGGAAGUGCUACUACUGCCGAGAAACAGAGCCAGCGUGUGCUGACGGUGACAUGAUGGAGGGCUCUGUCACACUUUGGCUUCCAGAUGUGUGGCCUCUGCAGAAACAUCGACAUCCCUGGGGCAGGACCUACCGAGAAGGCAAACUGGCCAGGUGGGAAUAUGAUGAGAGCUACUGCGAUGCUGUGAAGAAAACAUCCCCCUAUGACUCAGGCCCACGUCUCCUGGACAUCAUUGACACGGCUGUUUUUGAUUACUUGAUUGGCAAUGCUGAUCGCCAUCACUACGAGAGCUUUCAAGAUGAUGAAGGCGCGAGCAUGCUUAUUCUUCUUGAUAAUGCCAAAAGCUUUGGAAACCCCUCGCUGGAUGAGAGAAGCAUUCUUGCCCCUCUCUAUCAGUGUUGCAUCAUUCGGGUUUCAACCUGGAAUAGACUGAAUUAUCUAAAGAAUGGAGUACUAAAGUCUGCCUUAAAAUCUGCCAUGGCCCACGACCCCAUCUCCCCCGUGCUCUCUGAUCCACACUUGGACACUGUGGACCAGCGGCUUCUGAAUGUCUUGGCCACCAUCAAGCAGUGUACUGAUCAGUUUGGGACGGAUACUGUGCUGGUAGAAGACAGGAUGCCACUCUCCCACUUGUAAUUCUCAACGCAAAACAAGUGGAACUGAUUUUACAAAGAUAGAGAAACAGCACAAUCAAUUCUGAAUGGCAUGCGAUGGUCUGCAGGUGGCCACAGUGGGUGCUGGUGGCAGAAGAUGGUGGCGGCCCUGGGAGUGCUCGGUGUUUUCUGCAGUGCAAGCUACGGACCACAGUUCAGCUGGCUCACCUCUCAGGCGGCCAGCAGCAGCUCUGCUGUCUUUAUUCCCACACCAGAGGGUGAGCAGGUGUGACAUUGGCUAAGGAAGUGUUUCCUGAGUGUGCGUCUCGGGUGACCCUUGCUGUCUUUUCUCUACACCCAUGGAUUCUCUGAAAACACUUUAUAGCCCCUUGUGUCUUAAAAAAAA